GAGAGAGAGAGAGAUUGGUGUCAUAGAGCAGUAACGUGACUUGCCAUGUAGUUGUUUAUGUUGCAACGAUUAGUAUUAUAAUUUAUUUUAUCUCUAGCACUUGGAAUUUCUUGUUUGUGAUAAGUGUGAAAUAAGACUCAUAUAAUUUAUAAUAUGUAAAUUAAGUUAUUAAUAUUUGUAUGAUCAUUAUAACAAUAUAUGAAAGGCAUAUUACCUGUGAACUGUGAAAUCGUUAAUAGGAAUGUAAACUAACGACUUGCUUCAUAAAUAGGAAACACUUACUAAGGAAUUUAUACUUUAAUCAGCUGGUGAUAAUUUUGUGCCUAGACUUAAUAAUAAGUUGCGUGAAGGUAUUCUUGUGGCAUUCAUUGCCGCCCGUACAGUAUCACACCACAUCCCUCUGCAUGCAGCUCUUGCCGCAGCGCCGCCAGGAUUCCCAUUCUCUUUUUGUUAUCUGCCAGAGGCUUAUCAUCUCCUAUCUCGGUUACACUACAACGGAAACGAGUCAUAGAUAGCUCACUUUUCCUAAUAUGGUCCCUUCACCACCACCACCACCACCACACUGGCUUCUUUCAUUUGAAUGCGACGUGGCUGUCAGGUGAUAUUCACUUGUCAUACUAACUUCUCUGCCUAAAGAAACUCCUCCUGUCACUUCGCCGGUCUCCCUUGCUACCAAUCUUCACACGCUCCGCUGGAUCAGUAGCUCCCAAGCACCUGGUUCCAUAGACCAUCGCAGGGAGGAAAGGCAGGAGGGAAGCAGUCGUCAUAGUUCCCAGUGGUUUGUCCUGAAAUCCGGAGGGGAGCCCCGAGCCAGGUGUGGGAAAGUAGUCGACGCUCCACCGUGCUCAGUUUGUUGUGAAGAUGGCCAAGAAGACUUAUGACCUGUUAUUCAAGCUCCUCCUUAUAGGCGACUCCGGUGUGGGAAAGACAUGUAUACUGUUCAGGUUUUCAGAUGACGCCUUCAACACCACCUUUAUCUCCACCAUAGGUAUUGACUUCAAAAUCAAAACCAUUGAAUUAAGAGGAAAGAAGAUUAAGUUGCAGAUAUGGGACACAGCUGGGCAGGAGAGGUUUCACACAAUCACCACAUCCUACUACAGGGGCGCAAUGGGCAUCAUGCUUGUCUAUGACAUCACUAAUGCGAAAUCCUUUGAUAACAUAGCAAAAUGGUUAAGAAACAUAGAUGAGCAUGCAAAUGAGGAUGUUGAGAAGAUGAUUCUAGGAAACAAGUGUGACAUGGAAGACAAGCGAGUCAUUAAUAAGGAGAAGGGAGAGUCUAUUGCUCUUGAACAUGGCAUCAGAUUCCUUGAGACGUCAGCUAAAGCCAACAUCAACAUUGAGCAGGCCUUCCUGGAGUUAGCUGAAGCCAUCCUCAACAAGACCCCAGGCCGUGAUCCACAAGAGAAUCCUGAGAGCGUGGUGCGCCCAGAUAGGAGGAAUGACCGAGGCGCGGCCCGGCAGUGCUGUGCGUAGACCACCAGCCACACAGGCUCCAGUGCUGGGCAUGAGUGGUUGUUUUCCAUGAGAACCAUAUCCUCCCCUCCACCCCAGCCUCAUCCAAAGUCUUGGGUGAGGAACAGGGGGAGUCUGGAGGGAAUUAAGAACAGAGCACAUAUAUAUAUAUAUUUCCUUUUUAUUAUUGUUAUUAUUUUUCAUUAUUGUCUUUAUUCCAAAGCUUUACACACCAUCAUUUUCAAUGCUGCUGCACUUUGUGGGUGGGAUGGGGAUGGAUGGUAACCAAGGGUGGGAAGGGUAAGGGAGAAAACAAGUACUGUUUGAGGGAUAAAGAACAUUAUUGCCCUGUGGCCUCUUUCGUUCAUACAUAUAUUUUUCUUUAUUUUGAUAAUGAUAUGAUUUUUAAGAGGACAUGGGGGAGCAAUUGGUCAUGACUUUUUGGUGCAAUGAAUGGAACUCUUCACUUGGGAGCCACUACUACUGCUACUACUAUUAUUACUACAGUUAUAAUUAUCAUCAUUGUGCACUCUUGCCUUAUGAGUUUUGUAACAUAAUAUAUAUAACAUGCGCAUGUGAGGUUUCUGUGGCAGUGUAGGCCUCCUGCUAGUGUUUUUCCACAGAUACAGAAACAGAAUGAGGAGUUAGUGGUGGUGGUGGUAAUGGCCUGUGGUGUUGGUACUGAGCACAGGACAGUGAAGUGUAUCAAGUUUACUAUCUUGUCAUGUUCUGUUAACAAGGAAUUUGACACCUUGUCAUGUGAUAAUGAUAUUAAUGAUCAGACUAAGCUGUUUUCAGUUUGUUUAGGGGGGGUAUGAGUAACUAUAAUAUUUCUUAAUCACAGGGACAUAAAAUGUUCUGUCUUUAGUCAAUGAAGCUGGUAUAGUUUUCUGCCUAUAUUAUUGCACACUGUGAAGUUUUCAUUACUUGAAACAUGCGAUAUGUUCACGCAUCCACCAGGCAGUGCAUCAUUAGUUCAGACCAAAACUUGUGUUCAUUAUUGAAUUAAACAGCCCACCACACACCCAGGCCUGUCAGUUUCUUUUGAUGAUAUAUAUAUAUAUAUAUAUAUAUAUAUAUAUAUAUA